AUGGCGAUAUGGCGACGCCCGUUCAGCACAAGUCACAGCACAAGUACAGUCUUUGAGCAAGAGGAGGGAGAGAUCUCCGAUGGGAGCAUCAAGUAUGUCUUCGAGAAGGGCGGCAACGAUGCCCCGGCCACAUGUCAAGAAGCGACCGGUGCCCCGGUCGAGAACAACUCUCCCCUGGGUUACUCGGUCGGACCCAUUACCAUCAUUUUUCUCAACAUCAGUAAGAUGGUUGGCACAGGCAUCUACUCAACUCCAUCGGCCAUUCUAGCUGGCACCGGCUCCAUUGGGUUGAGCAUGAUCUACUGGGCCAUCGGUUUCUUGACCUCCAUCUCGUCAGGUUCUGUCUAUCUAGAAUUCGCUUCGUACUUCCCCAGCAGAUCAGGGUCUGAAGUAGUCUUCCUUGAACAAGCCUACCCGCGCCCGUUAUAUUUCUUCCCCACGACGUUUGCAGUUCAAUCUGUUCUUCUGUCUUUUAGUAGUAGCAAUGCUAUUGUUCUCGCCAACUACCUCUUUCAGUGCGCCGACACGAAAGGCACAGAUUGGCAAGUAAAAGGAGUUGCCCUUGCUGGAUACACUGUUGCCGUGCUUGCUGUGUCUUUUCACACCAGGUUUUCAUAUCUGCUCUCAAACGGCAUCGGUGUAGUAAAAGUUCUGACACUGGCCUUUGUUGCCAUUACUGGCCUGGUUGUCCUAGGUGGCCAUACCUCAGUGGCCGAUCCUCAGGCGAACUUUCGGACCGCGUGGGAAGGGUCGCCCACCCCCUAUGGGCUCACCAACGCCCUAUACAGGAUCAUAUUUUCCUAUGCUGGCUAUGAGAACGCUUUCAAUGUUGUCAAUGAAGUCAAGAACCCGAUCAAAACAAUCCGUAAACAUGGAUUCAUCGCUCUAAUGAUUGUCACCGUGCUGUAUCUCUUGACAAAUAUAGCAUUUUUCGCUUCAGUCUCGAAAGAAGAGUUGCAGAGUUCCGGCACCAUCGCAGCUAGCCUGUUCUUUCGAGCCGUGUUUGGCUCCAGCGGUGCCGUGCGAGGACUCAACUUUCUCAUUGCCUUGAGCUCGUUCGGAAACCUGAUUGCUGUUCUCUUGGGCUCGUCUCGCAUGAUUCGGGAGUGUGGGCGACAAGGAGUCUUGCCGUUUACCAGUUUCUGGGCCUCCACUAGACCUUUCGGCACUCCGUUGGGCCCGUACUUUGUUAAGUGGUUUCUCACAGCAUUGAUGAUUCUCGCGCUGCCGACAGGAGAUGCUUUCAACUUUGUCAGUGAUUUGUCCGUCUAUCCGACCGCCGCCUUCUCCCUCGCCAUGGCUGUGGGACUAUAUGUCGUACGCUGGCGACGGAGAAAAGCCAACCUGCCCCGUCCUCAAUUCCGAGCUUGGGACCCAGUUGUAAUCUUCAACAUUCUUGUCCAGUUGUAUCUCCUCGUUAUGCCCUGGUGGCCACCGAAUGGUGGACAGUAUGCAGGUGAUGUCAGUUUCUGGUAUGGAACUUACGUUGUCAGUGGGAUUGGAAUUCUGAUUGCCUGCGGUGUUUACUACUUCGUCUGGUCCAAGGCUCUUCCCAAGCUACGCUGUUACGAACUUCGACAGGAGGUUCUCAAUCUCGGCAAUGGUGCGCAGAGUCAUAAAAUUGUGAAAGUACCCGUUGAUGAUGUAGUGGAGUGGGAUUCGACCCAUGAUGCGGUCGGCCGGCCUCUGGAUCGAGGGGUCACGAAUAGUCCACAUGAUGAAGAGAAGGCUGCACGUGCAUCUUCAGAGAACUAA